AUGUCCAUUCUGAAAGUUCUCCUGCUUUGGCAGGCUGCUGAGGCCAGUGACCUCCUUCCCCUCCAUGGCGGGGUGGGCCGCGCCUGCCGGGGGAUCAGCGGGCAGGAGGCCCAUGCUUGGGAAGGCUGGACCGCUAAAGACCUGGCGCAGUGCAAGAGCAUCUGUGGGGACUGCACGGCUGUGCAGUACGAAGCGGAGACCAGCUCCUGCAGGCUUUGGAAGGUGCCAGUGGUGCACACCAUCAAGCAGCAGGGCUCCGAGUGCUACGCCAAGGCUGCGGACACAAAUGCGCUGACUGACAUGCUGCCCAAGAACACCACAUGCUUGGCUACAGCUGCGAAGUGUUCGGACAGCGCGGACCGGGCAUCCUGUCUCACCAGGAAAGAGUAUGCAAACAACCCCUGGGUGUGGUGUGGGGGGGCUGUGUGCAAUGAUCGCACCAGGGCCCUGUGCGAAUCCUUUGAGUCGUGGAAAGCCGGUUCCGCCAUGGAAACGGUGGGGUACCAAGAAGCAGGAGCUUCGGAAGUGGCUCGCUGUGAGCUGGCCAGGCCAGCAGUCAUAGAAGUGAAGCCGGCAGAAUGGCGACCGGCAGCACCUGGUCCAGAUGACUUACUGCCUUUGAAGACCGCCACGGCUGGCUGCAAAAGCCUGACGAGCAAAGAAGCAUGCUUGGCAAGCAAGGACUGGGGUGACGUGAAGGACAUCAAGUUCCUCAAGGUGUACGGCGAGGCCUGUGUUUGGUGCGGCGGCGGGCUCUGCACAACUGCUGACCAGUCCACGUGUGGAGCUUUUGAUUUCUUGAUGAAGAAUGGCGAGGGCGUGGCCUUUGACAUCUUUCAUGCAAAGCACUCUUUUGAGGUGGCGGGAGCCACUGCAGUCCCUACAAACUGGGAUGGACAGUGCUUGCAGAAAGCAGAGCGUGGAUGCCCCGCCCUCUCGGAUGAGUACAGUUGCCUUUCCAGCCUCGAUGGCCGUGAUUCGGUCUUCGCCGGGCUUAAGGUCCAGGGUCAGCCGUGUGUGUGGUGCAACGGUGGCUAUUGCAACAGCAACGGCAACCGAUGCGAAGCGCACAACGUGCAAGUGCAGGGGAAGGGAAAGGUCUUCAAUCACAGCCUGGCUCCAGGCAUGACCACGGCUGGCUGCGAGGGUGGCUUGGUGAAACAACACUUGCCACCCUUUCGGACGACUCCGCCAUUUCCUAUCACCAGACCAGCAGAGACCUCCUGCUUGAAGGCGGAGCCAAAGGGCUGCGCAGCCAUCCAGGGUAAGCUCACCUGUCUUAGCAGCUACGAUGGCUCCGACGUCAAGUCCAUUGGCGGGAUGAGAGUUCAAGGUGAGCCAUGCGUUUGGUGCGGUGGAGGGCAGUGCCACACUGGUGAUGACAGCCUUUGUGCUCCAUUUGACUAUUUGGAAAAGGGAGUUGGGCGAGCAUUUGGUGCGGUCAACGCGGUAGCUCUGACACCUGCACAGUGCUCCUCUGUGGAUGCAGACUUUGGCCAGCUGUCAUGCUUGAGUUCAGCUGACUCUGGCUGCAAUGCCAUCAGCAGCUUCGAACAGUGCGUUGGCAGCGUCGAUGGCCGUCCCUAUGAGCAGGUAGCUGGGUUCAAGGUGGCAGGCCAGCCAUGCGUGUGGUGCGGAGGGCGAUCAUGCGCUGGCAGUGGCAGCGCAAACAUGUGCGAGCCAUAUGACUUUGCCAUCCACGGAGCUGGACAUGCUUAUGACCUACAUGUCGUCCAGGUGGCGUAUUACAGGGCAUCCUGCAACAGCACAAACAAGCCGCACGCAUUGAAAAUUGAGCCACCCGCACCGGAGCACACGGCCAUAUCAGCUGGGACCCUGGAUGACGCCAGCGAAGCAGAUCUUGGAGCAAGUGGUCCGGAGUUUCUGCCCGCUUCUGCAUCCAUGGCCAAGCCGGGUGAACCGAAGCCGGAUUGGUAUGCUGGCAACGACAAGAGCUGUUUGCAAACAGUAUCAGAUUGCAGCCUGGUUCGGGACAAGCUCAUUUGCUUGAGCAGCAAGGACGAUGGUCGCUACGGGUUAAUGAAGGAUGGCCUGAAUGUUGGAGGGGAAGCCUGUGUUUGGUGCGGAGGACAGCCUUGCACCAGCAAUGGCGACAGCUUGUGCCAGCCGGAAGAUUGGCUCCACAACGGAGAGGGCAAGGCCUUCACCAGCUUCACAGCACGCGACAACCACAAGGUUGCCCAGUGCUGGCAGAUAUCUAGGCCCAGCAUUGGGACUUUGGAUUGCCUCAAGGUGCAGUCAAACGGAUGCAACAACAUUCGGGACGCCGACACGUGCUUGUCCAGUACCGAUGGCCGGCCGUAUGUGAGAGUGGCAGGUUUCAAAGUUCAGGGGCAGCCGUGCGUAUGGUGCGGAGGACGCCCGUGCACCGAGAACAACGAUAACCUCUGUGAGCCAUUGGACUUUGUGCAGAACGGAAACGGCUAUGCCUUCAAGAGCGUCCCCGGGCAGAGGUCUAUGGCAGGGUGUUCGAUGGGGUCCCCGGUGGCGCUGCCCAUGCCGGCCGCGGCGAAUGUCAUGAACCUGAAAGAGGCGCUGCAGCAAGAUGCAGCCCCUCCUCCUGCAAGCCAUCCCCUGCAGAACAUUGGCCAAGACUGCUGGUAUGAAUGCGGUCAGGAGUCGGGCUUUUGCUCCUUUUGCGGGACUGGCAAUGCCUGCUGCCGGCAAGACUUGGGCGAGAACGCGCCCGCAGAAUGCAAGGGACCUCUUACCUUUACCACUUGGCACCACGAGUGUGUGGCACCGUUGCAGUCAAAUGCUGACGCAAAGGCAGCAGUGGCCGCAGCGGGUGCAACAGCAUCGGCCGGCAUAGGUGCAACAGCAGCUGCUGCUGCAAAUGUCGCCCUUCCUCCUGCAAACUAUCCCCUGCAGAACAUCGGCAAGGACUGCUGGUAUGAAUGCGGUGAGAAGUCUGGCCUGUGCUCCUUUUGCGGGACUGGCAAUGCGUGCUGCCGGCAAGACUUGGGCGAGAACGCCCCCGCAGAAUGCAAGGGACCUCUUACCUUCACUACCUGGCAUCACGAGUGUGUGGCACCGUUGCAGUCGCACCAACAAGCAUAUGCUGGCACAAAGGCAGCAGUGGCCACAACAGGAGCACCAGCAGAGGCCGGCGCGGGUGCAGCGGCAGCUGCAAAUGCAGCAUCAGUGCAGUCAAACCAACAAGCAUAUGCUGGCACAAAGGCAGCAGUGGCCGCAAGAGGAGCACCAGCAGAGGCCGGCACCGGUGCAACGGCAGCUGCAAAUGCAGCAUCAGUGCAAUCAAACCAACAAGCAUAUGCUGGCACAAAGGCAGCAGUUGCCGCAACAGGAGCACCAGCAGAGGCCAGCGCGGGUGCAACGGCAGCUUCUGCUGCAAAGGCAGCCCCUCCCUCAAGCCAGCCCCUGGAGAACAUUGGCAAGGACUGCUGGUAUGAAUGCGGCGAGAAGUCUGGCCUGUGCUCCUUUUGCGGGAGUGGCAACGCGUGCUGCCGGCAAGACUUGGGUGAAAACGCACCCGCAGAAUGCAAAGGAGCUCUUACCUUUACCACCUGGCAUCACGAGUGUGUCGUGCCAGCAGACUCCACUAGAGCACUGCCUUUUCAGCAGCUAGCCGCAGCUGGUGCCGAAGCAUCAGCGGCUGCGGCAAGCGCCGGCCUCACACCAGAGCAGCAAUCAGAGAGGGCAGCUGUUGCCAUUGGCAAUGCGGCGAAGGCUCAGGGCCUUUCCCCAGAAGCAGCGGCGCAGAUUUCAGCAGCGGGUGCUCAGCAGGCGGCCAUGGCUGCGCAUGCUAGCCCAACGGAGCAGCAGCAAGUGGCCGUGAAGGAAGCAGUGGUGGCCGCCAAAGCGGCCAUGGGCGACCAGACCCCGGAGGAGAAAGUAGCAGCGAUCGCCCUUUCUGCCGCGGAGGCCGGGGCUGCAGCUGGGAUGAGUUCCGCGGAGCAGUCGCAGGCGGCGGCUGCGGCUGCCGGGGAAUACGCCGCUGAAGCGCAGCUCUCGACCCAGGAGGCUGCCCGCAUCGCUGGCGAGGGCGCCGCGCGCGCCUCCAAGGCCGCUGGGGAGAGUCCCAGCCAGCAGACCGCAGCUGCCAUGGGGGCAGUGGCCGUGGCCGCCGCAGCUGCCAGCAGUGCCAAGGGAGAGUCCGGCCAGCAGCUGGCUGCAACGGUUGCAGAAGCAGUCAAACAGGCUGCUGCGGAAGCUGGCUUGAGCCCCAGCGAGCAACCCAAACAAGUACAGAGUGCUCUUUCGCUUCAUGCCAAAGAUGUGGGCCUAACACAGGAGCAACUGAAUGGGAUUGCCUCAGCUGCCGUGCCUGCGGCAGUAGCAGGUGCUGGAGUUCAGAUCGGAGUCACCGCCCCGCCAGAUCCCUUCGCAGCCGGAAUGGCUGCUGCUGAUGAGGCGGCCGCAAAAAAGGAGUCACCCAAUCAACAGGUUCUUGCUGCCGGCAAGGCCGCCUUCAAGGCAGCUGAGGGCAACAGCGACACACUGGCCCAGCAAGCCGAAUAUGUAGAGAAGGCUGGUGAGGCAGCUGCUGAGAAGGCAGGGCUCUCCAAGUCUGAUGCGGAAGAGGUAGCCGCCGCUGCGGCCAACGCAGUCUCCGGAGGCAACGUCAAUUCCGAUGCUUUGAAGGUCUUGCCAGGGUCCGAGGGCGGUGCCCCACAUGCGGCCGCAAGCGCCGAGUACCAUGCCUCGCCCGCAGAGGUGGAUGCAGAGAAGGCUGGGGCAGAAGCGGCGCGUGUGGCCAAGGCCCAGGGCGAAUCACCGGAGCAUCAAGUGGAGGAAGCCUGCAUUGCAGCUGGAAGGGCCGCAAAGACUGGCGGCAUGGACGCUGUAGGUCAAGAGGAGGCAGCAAGGAAGGCAGGCAUGAAAGCGGGAAUUGCUGCUGGCCUUUCCGAGGAGGAGGCCGCAGCAAUGAGCACACAAGCUGCCGAGAAAGCCUUGGCUUCUGGAGCCUUCCACGCUCAGUCUUGGAUGAAGGAGUUUGCCGUCACCACGGCUGAGCCGAUCAAGGCGAAGAAAGCGGGCACGGGCGAGGAGACUUUGGUGGUAGCUAAAGCUGCCCAAGAUGUGCCGAUCACUGAAGACAUCCGAGACCACAGCGCAGAUGGAAAAAAGCAGGAUCAUACUCUUUGGUAUAUCUUGGCCGCUUUACUUGCCCUGCUGCUCAUGGGCUGCUGCUGCUUCAUGCUGCUCGGGCGUGGGAAGAAGCAGAAGGAAGCCACGAAGACAAGCAGGAAGGCAAGCAGCCUGCGCACCGCUGAAAGAGGUGAUUUGGAGGAAGCAGAGGCACCCCUAAUGGAGAGCCCAACUGCCGGAGCGCCGCUUUCACAACGGGCUGCUGCCACGGCAGUAGCGCCGUCAGAGUAUUCGGAGUAUUCGGAAUCCGAUUCGAUGCCAGCUCCCGUUGUUGCCUCUGCAGGGGCCAUUCCUGGAAUUCCUGGACGCAAGGGAGCAAGACCGACUCCGGUACUGCCAGCUCGAGCAGGAGAAGCACCGAGAACAAACGCAGAAGCUGCGGCUUUACCAGACUCUGAAACAGAAGCCAUGGCACCGGCACAAUUUGUCCCAACAUCGCCGACUGCAGCAGCGUCAGCAUCCCAAGCAGCGCUGGCCGCAAAUGGGCAAAUGUCACAAGCGGCGCCAGCUUUGCAGUCUGCUCAAGCCCAAAAGUACGCAGCAGACCCAGCUCUGGUGCAAAUGCCAGCCGCAGCACCUGCUAGAAUGUUUUCGGGCUCUACUUACCAGCCCUUGCAAGCUCAGCCAAUGCAGCGGGUGCAGACAAUGCAAACAGGCCAGACGCUGCAGCCUUUGCAGACAAUGCAGCCGGUGCAGACAAUGCAAAUGGCGCAGACGAUGCCUGUGCAGACAAUGCAGCCGGUGCAGACAAUGCAAAUGGCGCCGGCAAUGCCAGUGCAGACAAUGCAGCCGGCGCAGACGAUGCAAAUGGCGCAGGCAAUGUCGGUGCAGACAAUGCAGCCGAUGCAAAUGGCGCAGGCAAUGUCGGUGCAGACAAUGCAGCCGACGCAGACAAUGCAAACGGCGCAGGCAAUGCCGGCGCAGACAAUGCAGAUGGUGCAGACAAUGCAGCCGUCCCGGCCAACGCAGCUCAGGGAAAUGCAGGGAAUGCAGCCUGUUCCGGCCACCAGGUCGGCUCAGCCGGCGCAGUCCGCCCAACGGCCUGAUGCGACAGCGAUGGACUUGUUCGAUGCGUUGGAUGCAGAUGGCAAUGGCUUUUUGGAUCCCCAAGAGUUUGCCCGGUUGAAAGCAGAGCUGCAGGCACGAAAUGCGCAGUCUCCCCCACCUUCCCGACCAGCUUCGCGGUACCUCCCAGCGGAGCCCAUCACAACAUCCAAUGGGACGAGCGUGGCGAGCCUGAGAAACGCACCUGUUCUGCAAAGCCUCCCUGCAGCUGGAGUGCAGACUCGCCCAUGAGCCGCAACCUGCAAGCUGAUGGCGCGGAACUCAACGAGCUGGGCUGAUAGCGUGAGUGUCCGCUUUGCAGAGAUUGGAUCGAAAGCGGCCGCCCGUGCACUGAGCAGACCCUUGUGGUCGGCUAAUGUCUGAAUGUACGGCUUGUGUUUCUACAGGGGAGCGAGUUUUCCUAGAUGGCCCGCUCUCAUUUCAGGAUGCGUCUUAGCUUUGAUGCCAGGUAGGAAGCUCGCAGCCCCAUCCUUCAAUGACACUGUGCCUUUUUGACACGAAUGUCUUGGCAAAGACCUUGCAUUCAGUGGCAGCGCGAC